AGACGCGGAAGACAUCACGGGCAAGGGAGCGGAGAUCUUCCCAUUCCUGCUGGUGUUUACGGGAGAAUUUUUUUUCUUCUCUCUCUCAGGAAUAAAAACAAACUCACAGACAAACUGCUGGUUCCUCUCCAGCGAUGUCUUCCCCGUGGCAGGAGCAGUGGCCCCUACUGGCCCCGGAUGGGAGCAAUGGCUCUGCCUUCGCGGACAACAGUAGCUGCUACAGCUCCACGCAGAGCACCGUCCUCAAGGGAGUCAGCUUCGGAGGAGUGCCCAUCGUGCUGCUGAUCGAUUUCUGUGUCUUUUUGGUGUUGCUGAUUACCUUCUCGAUUAUCAGGAAGAACUUCUGGGACUACGGACGCCUGGCAUUAGUUGCAGACAACGAUAGCGGGUUCACCGAGUCAACACACCGGCGCUACGGGCGCAUGCUAUCCAGCGCGGAUGACUUUGAGCAUGAAUUGGGAUUCUGCUCUUGGCUGCCGUACAUCCUCAGAAUGGAUGACGACAAAAUAAAAGCCAAAUGUGGCAUGGAUGCUGUCCACUACCUGUCCUUCCAGCGGCACCUGAUCGUCCUGCUGUUGGUCAUGACUGUCACCUCCCUCGGAAUCAUCCUGCCGGUCAACUUGUCUGGAAACCUGCUGGAUAAUAAUCCACUGAGUUUUGGAAGGACAACUCUUGGGAAUCUUCAAAAAGGAAACCAACUGUUGUGGCUGCAUACAGUAUUUGCCCUUUUAUACCUGAUCCUGACAAUUGUUCUGCUGCGACGUCACACGUCACAAAUUAAAGGCGUGCGCAGAGAGACGACCAGAAACACGUUGUUCGUGUGUUCGGUCCCCAAAGAGGCGACACAGGAAGCUGUAAAGGCUCAUUUCACAGCGGCGUACCCUACCUGUCAAGUGUGUGCUGUGACCCUGGGCUACGAUGUGGCCAAGCUCAUGCAGCUCGAUAAGGAAAGGAUGCGAGCAGGAAAAAACCUGUGCUACUACGAGCGUGUCCUUGAGAAAACCGGGAAACGUGAAUUGUUCAACCCCCGUUUGUGCAGUCAGCUCGGCUGCUGUGCCAAAUCUGGGAAGGUUGAUGCCAUAGAGUACUACAGUACUAAAGAAAAAGACCUGCUGGAAGAUGUGAGGAAACAGGUGGAAGUGGUGCCCCAGCACCCCCUGGGGAUGGCCUUCGUCACCUUGCAGAGCGAGGCUAUGGCCAAGUACAUUUUGAAAGACUUCAAUGCGCUCGAGUGUGGCGGCACAAGCUGCUGCUGCGGGAGAGUGCCCCAACCUUCAUCGGAGAGCGGAGCUCUGAAAGUGAACAAGUGGAGCGUCAGCUUUGCACCCCAUCCAAAAAACGUGUUUUGGGACAACCUGUCAGUGAUGGGUUUUCCGUGGUUCAUGCGCUACUUGACGCUCAACUUCCUCCUCUUCUUCCUGUUCACCUUCCUCACGACUCCCACCAUCAUCAUCAACACCAUGGACAAGUUCAACGUGACGAAGCCAAUCUACUAUCUCAAUAGCCCGAUCGUCAGUCAGUUCUUCCCCACCUUAAUGCUGUGGUCCUUCUCCGCGUUGCUGCCCACCAUAGUUUACUAUUCUACAAUUGGAGAGGCACACUGGAGCAGGUCCAGUGAGCAGCUGAGCAUGAUGCGGAAACUGUACUUCUUCUUGCUCUUCAUGGUGCUGAUCCUCCCCUCGCUGGGACUCACGAGUCUUGCAGUGUUUUUACGCUGGCUGUUUGAUAAAGAGUUUCUUUCAAAUGGGAAACUGAGGUUUGAGUGUGUGUUCUUACCUGACCAAGGUGCGUUUUUUGUCAACUAUGUGAUCACAGCGGCGCUGGUGGGCUCCGGGAUGGAGCUGCUGCGGUUGCCAGGGUUACUGCUUUACAUGAUCCGCAUGGCCUUCGCCCGCUCUGCUGCGGAGAGGAAAUAUGUCAAACAGAAUCAGGCGUAUGAGUUUGAAUACGGAGCCAUGUACGGCUGGUCGCUCUGCGUGUUCACCGUCAUCAUGGCGUACAGCAUCAUAUGUCCGAUUAUUGUGCCUUUCGGUCUCCUGUACAUGAUGCUGAAGCACCUGGUGGACAAAUACAACAUGUACUUUGCCUUCUUACCCGCUCGCCUGGACCGCCAGGUCCACCUGGAAGCUGUCAAUCAAGCUCUGGCUGCGCCCAUCAUCUGCCUGAUAUGGCUGUACUUCUUUUCUGUCCUCAGGGCAGGUUUCUGGAAUGCCACAUCACUAUUCACACUGGUGGUCCUCUUCAUCACGAUCUUGAUCUGCGUCAGCUACACCUGCUUCGGCCAUUUCAAGUACCUCAGUCCACACAACUAUGCGGUGAAGGAUGAGGAUACAGUAGAGGGAGUGGAGGACAACACAAUGGUCUACCUUCCCAGAGUGCUUAACCCCAAAUCGCCAGCCACGCAACAGGACUCUAAACUCCAGCAGUCGUACGGCUCCACGGAGGGCAGCCCGGACCCCGGCUCCUGCCCAUCUUUGGACGAUCUGAUGGACGGCUGAAAAAUCUUUUUAGUUUUUUUCCCCGACACUUUCCUCAAAGCUUUGCAGUCGCGAUGCCCGCGACUCCUCGCCGUAAAUCUGCUUCAUAAAAGGCGGCGCGCAAGAACAACUCGUUUCUGAGCGGCUUGUCCGCGGGGUUCCGCUUCCUCUCGUCUUUUUUAAUUCUCUCUCGGGUAUGAACACGCAUUUAAAAGCGGUGCAGGCCGUUGGAGUCGUGCACUCGGUCAACACCGACGUGUUUCACUGGCGGUUGGUUAUUUAACUUCUUUGCAGCGUCAGCCUGAAAACCCCCCACAAAUUCCACUUAAUUAUGUUGACAGUAUCCUAUUUGACUCUUCAAUUUGAAUUUCAGGCUAAUUGGAUUCUAGAUGGAUACAUUUAGCUCAACGAUAUCGGCAAUCAUGUAAGUUUGUUAUAAUUUAAUACGAAUGGAAGGAACAACUUCGUCCGUUUGACCCCCUCCCGCUGCAGUCGUUGACGGCGUUGCUGCGGUGAGACGUUCUUCAUAUCAAACCAUGACUCGCGUUACUAUUUCAGUGACAGUUUGACCCUCGGGUGGCACGGCAUCAACAACACUCAUUAUUUCCCCCCCGAUGUUUGACUUUAGCAGGACCUUUUUUUAUUUCUGCUGCUGACUGUUGCAUUUUUUUUUCUUCCCUUUCCUGAUCCCUGAAAGCAUGACUUCAACACAGCAGGCAGCCAUAUAUGUUGUUAUUGGAACAUAAUUAUGCAAAUGUACGCACAGGUGGAGACCACCGUGUUUACACUGGCCACACACACACACACGGUUAUCUGAGGUUAGGAGCGUUUGCUGAAUCUGAGGUGGCUCAGUGCAAAAGAACGAUAAAAUACGAGUGCGAAAAUGUUCUUGCACGAGGGCCAAAGAUUUCAGCGUUGACGUCCAGAGUUCAAGGUCACCUCGACCCGACGUUCCAGACGCAGCCCGUCCCGUUGGGAGGACAAGAGUAACGGCGUGAUGGAGUCUAAAGUAUCUUCAGUUAAAAGUGAAGGGGGGGGGUCAGUGUGUUGAAUUUGAAUCGCUUCUUCCAGGACAGACGGUAGAAAGGACUUGAUUUGAUAUGUGGGUCAUGGUUUGCACUCGAUCAACACGGCACACACACACAUCCACGACACACCCUCAGGCUUCUAUUGGAUGCUCCUGUCGUAAAGCGAUGCUUUUUUCCUCAUCAAAUUCGCCAAAAACUGCCAUUUCUAUCGAGGCAUCCUGCUGUCGAUGAUGCUGGAGUUUAUUAUUUGCACAUGUUGAAGAUUAUUAUGCAAGUGUUACCCGAACAUUGAAGCCAGUAGCACUCGCACCAUAGAGGUGGACAUGCACCGCUUUCUUUCUGUUGGUUACUUGUUCUUCCCGUUCUUCCCAGUGUCUUUGAGGACAACACCUGCCACGGGAAUAUUUAAUAUUGCCUCAUGUUUGUAAUUGGACAAAAGAACAUUUAUGUCUGUAUUGCUGGAGAUGUGCAACCAAAAACUCUGUUGGAGAGUGAGAGCCAUUUUUUAAUACGUUAUCUAAGAUACCAGGUCAAUGUUUAUUUGUAUUUAAUGUACUCUAAUGUUUUGCUUUUGCAGCUUUUUUUAGCAAUGUGAAUUACAACAAGGAACUGCAUUUUAAAAAAGACAAACUCUGUGAUCGGCAAUGUCUUAAUAUCGAAUAUGUUCAAAUAAAGUCGUGGCUUUGCCUCUGA